GAAUUUGAGAAACAGCCUACGACUCAGAGAUAUUUCAACAAAGUUUUUUGGAUAAAUGUUACAAUAUUUCUACUAUAUAAGACACUCGGUCUAGGUGUAAAGUAUCAUUUUGCAUUGUGAACUCAGUUUUAUAACUUGUCCACUAUCAUGAAGGCCAGUCUAUUCGUUGUCUGCGUUGCUUUUGGGUUUGCUGCUGCUACUCAUGGACACGAUAAUGCUCAUUACAAAUUUGAGUACGGAGUUCAUGACCCUCACACCCAUGACCACAAAUCCCAGCACGAACAUAGACACGGCCAUCAUGUCACUGGUGGUUACACACUCAAAGAAGCCGAUGGAACCCACAGAGUUGUCAAAUACAAAUCUGCGCCACACACUGGUUUCGAAGCUGUUGUUGAGAGAGUAGGUCAUGCCCAACAUCCCGCUCACUACGGACAUGGUCACGGUGGACACGGACACGGUGGACACGGUGGAGCUACCAGCUAUGUUGGUGUCACCCACUGGGCCAACCAAGGAAGCGAGGGUGGACACGGGCAUGGGCACUAAGUUGUUAUGUUGUUGAAAUUUGGUUAUUUUGAUGUUAUGGUUUUUGAUACAAUAAAAAUAUA